AAGAAUAUGAAGCAUGCCUAGAAGAAAAACUGAAAAAGUUGGAUCAUAAUGGGGAAACGUGCAGAGCACUUUGAAGAAAGGGUAUUCCCGAGGAACUUCUGGCAGAAAUAAAAUCAACAUAUAAAAGUCCCAAAGCAUUUAACAUUCAACAGCCCUAGUUUUCUAUCAUAGUUGGAAUAUAAAAGGUUUCCAACAAGUAACCUUCGUCGUAGCUCGCUGUUGUAUUGAUAAAACCUGGCCUUAAGUAUUUAAAAUUGUAAAUAAACAUUUUAAAUAAAUUUUCUUUGAUUUUUCAAGCAAUACUUAUGAUGUUAAAAAGCAGGAGCCAGUGUGCCUAUACAUUAGGUUGUUGUAGUAAUGGGAAACAAAUUAAUUCUUCUAAGUGAUGUGAAUCAGUUUAUUAUUUUAAUGAAUUGAAAGAGAAAUGUCCAUUGAAGCAGCCUGUAAAGUGUGGAUCAAAGAAGAACCAAAUGAAAAAGGAACUGCAUAUGGUCGUGUCACUGAUAUUUUUGGGGAGAAAACCAGUCCUCUAAGAGAUGGAUUCGGUGAAGAGUUUUUCAAUCAGCCGUCCACCUCUUAUGAAUUUCAAGACUUAGUAGGAUGUUUCCACUGUGGACGAACUGUAAAAUGUAAAAAGACUAUGAAAUACCAUAUUAUUUUAAUUCAUGGUAUGCAUUUAGGGAUAUCUUCAAGGGUCAUUCAAAAGUUUAAGAAAAAAUGGAAGCAUCAACAAAAAUGUUAUGGCUAUAUACCUGUAUAUCCUCAGGUAGAGCUGAAAGUGAAGCAGAGUAAUGAAAGACGUUAUCAGUGUCCAUUUUGUGAAUAUAAGGCAACAAGAACUGGCAACCUAAAAUCACAUAUUUUGGGAAAACAUACCGUUGAAAAACCUUAUCAGUGUCCUCAUUGUGAAUUUACUUCUGCUUAUACAAAUCACCUUAAGCGGCAUGUAAAAGCUAAACAUAUUAGUGAAAAGCCUCAUAAAUGCCCAUACUGUGAUUAUCGGUCAAGCAAUAAUGGGCCAUUAAAAAUUCAUAUUUUAGCCAAGCAUUCUGAGGCAGCUUACCCCUGUCCUCAUUGUGAAUUUGUUUCUGUAUAUCCAAACCAUCUAAAACGCCAUUUAAAAGUAAAACAUACAGACGAAAGACCCUUUGAAUGCCAUGCAUGCCCUUACAGAACUGGCCUCAAAAGCAGUUUAAUCAAACAUAUUAGUGCGAAACACACAAAAACAAAACCUUAUGACUGCCCUCAUUGUGGCUAUAAGGCCACUCAGUCUCAUCAUGUUACAAAUCACAUUAAUGCUAAACAUUCCUAUUUAAAGCCAUAUCAGUGCCCUGAAUGUACUUAUGGCGCUUCACGAUUAGAUCACUUGAAAAGUCAUGUAAAAGCUAAGCAUCAUUACUUUAUGCCACAAUAACAGCAUUUUUACCGUGAAUUGAAAAAUCUUAAAAUCUAAAAACCAGAGUAUGAAUCUGGGAAGUGAUAAGUUAAAAAUGAUGCAUUUCAUUUGUUUACAUAUUUAUAUUUGUUCGAUUAUAAGUUGUUUAACAUUUCAAUACUAUUAAUCAUUCAAUCAGGAGAUAGCUGUCUGUAUGUUAAAUAUAAAAAUAUUAAUUAGAAUACUGGUUUGAAUUUUGAAAUUAUAUAUUCUGAAAAUAUUUUUUUAUCAUGAGAGAUAUAAAUUUAUAAGUACCAUUUUCUAUUUAAACCUUGCAUUUUGAACCUAUGCCUCAACUAUUGAGGUUGGUAGUAGUGGUAUAAUAAUUGGUCUAAAAGCUUCUGAUAUUUCACUAGCUUAUUCGUUUUUUGUUUGUUUUUGUGUUAAUGUAGAUUACAAAAAUGUUUUUCUUUUUUCAAAAUAAUAUUCUGUAUGACUGAAUAAUUUUGGAUUUUUUUUUUUUUUUAAUUAAACGCAUCUGCCAUUGGCUAUUAGACCAUUCGGCUCCUGGCAGCUCAAUAAAAUUCUGUGAUGAUUCCUUUGUUUGAAUUUGUGCCGAUCCCAUUAGAAUUACUGCAGACAUCUGACAGAGCGGGGCAAAUUGAGAGGUACAGGUCGUACAUCUGUACAUCCAGGCUAUGUUCUGGAACACUGGUGGCCUAACUGCUAACUAUAAUUUUCGAUGAAAUUUUAGAAAUGUUAGAGCUUAGUUGACUUUCUUUAGUCAAAGAGUUUUGAGAAAAAAUAUUCUGGGAUUGUAGAGGCUCUCUAAGUGCAGCUUAUUUGACCGUGGUCACAUUCACAUUAGUGAGCUUGAAAAUCAAUGCUAACAUAAUAAAAUUUAGCCUAAAACAAAAGUUUUCUACAUUUUCGGAGAUGAUAUAGAGAUUAUGGUGUCUAAAGGGUUCCAAAUUGUGUGAUUUGUAUUGUUGUUAAAUUCCUACCUAGAAUUGUUUAUAUUUGUUUCCUGGCUUUAUUUUUACAUUUAAUUUAGUUUAAAAUCAACUGUUUUAUUAAAUCGGAAUGAUUUUCUUUUCAUGAUAAAUUUAUUUGUUUAAGUGGCCAUGUUUAAUAUACUAACACCUUCUCAGAUUUUUCUUAAAUGCAAUUUAAUUUUUCCUUAAAUGUAGUUUACAUUUUUACUCUUAAAAACGUAUGCUUCGUAAGACAGAUUAUAUUAUGAUUCCAAAACAUGGUAAUGGAAAGUCACAUGUGUACAACAAUGAUGGCAGGGCAAGCUGAAGAUUCAGAAAAUAAUUGUCCAAUUUCCUGUGAGGACAAGUCCACACUGAUAAGUUGGUCCGUGGCACAGAACUCCUCAUAUGUGCCAAACAAAUUUGUAUAUUAAUGGUUAACUUCACAGAUGUAAAAAUUUAACAAUGAGUUGAAGAAUGUCCAAUUUAGGUCUGCUCUAAUGUUUCAAAUGUAUACAUAUACAAGUAAAUACAUACUUACGUAUAAAGAUAAUCCAAUAUACAAAGAACUGGAAAAAAUUAAGUAAGGAAUUAUAUGAUUUAGUCAACUCUGAAAUAUUUGUUUACUUGAUACUAUAAAUUUACACUUUAUCAUCUGUGAGGUUGACCAUAUAUGUAUAUUCCAUAUCAAAAUAAUA